GUAGAAUAGAUAUAUAAUCUAAAUCUCGCCUCCUGUAAGAAUAUUACAAAUAAAAGACGUUAAUUAUUAUUAUAUUGAUAAAAUAAAUAUAGCAAUUGCUAAUAAUUCCUACUUAGCAUACUUACUUAUAUCGCUACUAAAUAUCAAUCGUCUUAUUCCUAUUGAAGCGACUUAAUAUUGUAACCAUGGUACUAACGUAAGAGUUGGGGUCACAUUUUUAUAAGUCCUUGUACAUACAAUCACACAUAAUAUGCUUAACAGCGACUAAAUCGAACUGUACAUGCUCCAUAAUAAGUUUCCAUACCAUGCUCUCAAAUACGAUAGAAACAAUGGAUUUGACAGCUUUCUUCAUAUUUGGAGGCAUCUCGAUAUUUGAAGAAAUAUUUAAAACCCCCCAGAAGUUUCAUAAAAUCAGUUUUUUAAAUUUCUUUAAAUUUAUUUUUGACGAAAAUUGAAAGAAUACGGGAAAAUAAUGUGUUAUAUUAAUUAUACCAGGAACAAAACCGUUGAUUUUAUUCAAACUUUCCAAAAGUGCUUGUAUAAAUUGAUAUCAAGUAUCACCUUAAAUAAAAUGGUCCGUUGUUAAAACACUUAGGGCGGCGUUAAUGAGAUAAUAUAUGUUUAAUCCUGAGGCUAUGCAGUUCUGUAACACCUAUAUACGAAACUAGUCUUACCGCCAAUUUCAAAUAUUUCCAACAACAAACUAGGUUUUGAAUUCUCUUGGUUGGUGCUCGCCACCCUUAAUUGGUGCUAUUAAAAAGUAUUUAUUUACGAGAAGUCACAAAAUGAUACUGUUCACUUUGACAAGUCUUUCAAGCUCCAAUUGCAGAAAAUUGUAUUUAUGACGUACAACAGUUUUUCCUAUUAUUUCUGAAAUAGUCUGGCUAGAUUAUCGAUUAUGUAAUCGGAAUAAUUACUUAUUGCUCCUACUUUUGAUACAAGUAACCUUUUUUGUGGUCACGUAGAUAGAUCACGAAAUGGGUAAUCAGAUCAAAAAAUGACUGUCAAAUUUUCAUAGUUACUCCCAAGCGUAUCCAGGGUAAUGCGAGUAAUGCCAAACACGCCAGCGCUCGUAAGGACUGGAGCUUCAGUCUUUGUAAAGGGUAGUAAAGCAACUAAAGAGGACUCCGCGAUUACCAAGCAGUUACUGGAAUCCGUAGGAACUUGUGAGGAGGUCCCUGAGAGCCUUCUAGACCCUAUUACUGCCCUUAGUGGUUCUGGGCCCGCAUAUAUUUACGUGUUGAUAGAAGCCUUAGCUGAUGGAGCAGUUAAAAUGGGAAUGCCGAGAGAUCUGGCGUACAGAUUGGCCUCUCAAACAGUUCUUGGUGCUGGAAAGAUGGUGAGAGAUACAAAGAUCCAUCCUGGAGUAUUGAAGGACGAUGUGACGUCACCUGCUGGGUCUACAGCUGCUGGGUUGCAUUUCUUAGAACAACAAGGUUUCAGAUCGGCUGUGAUAGGUGCGAUACAGGCAGCUACUGAAAGAUGUAUCCAAGUCAGUAAGACAGACUCAAAAUGAUGCAGAUCUUCAUAAAAAAAAACACUAACAUAAGUCAUAAAUCUCAAAAAAAAGUUGACAUAGUAAUUUGUAUGAUCGUUAUUUUAGGAAAAUUAAAAUCAGUGAAUGUGAAAAACUUAAUAUUACGAAUACUAAAUAUUCGGAGACUGCAGAUAUAUCCUAAGAAUAAAAUGCCACUAUCUUUUUGGGCUACCAUGUAAAUAUACAUGCGUGUGACUGUUCAACACUAAUCUUCAUUAUUUCCUGUUAAACAUAUUUAUGAUUAUUAUCUAUGGAUGGAUCUAGAUAUAGUUGUACACCUCUUUGUAUGUAGAAACUUAUUUUUAUUUUAUUGUAAAUACACAUUUUUGGUAUAAUAAAAUAUGUUCGUGCACAAAAAA